CUCACAUCUCUAGAGCUAGAUGAAAUAGGGUUAACCGAUUUGUUAGAGCUUCCCUCUUGGUUACGAUUGACAAGUGCUUGGUGUUAUAAGGUUACAUUUAGGAUACAAUGGACAACACUGAAGAGUGUUCCGAUACACUUGCCACUGGACGAGGUUCACAUCAAUAUUGUGAGGAGUUACGCUCAAUGUCGGCUCAUCAACCACUCUCUUCUCUCGGAGCCGCUACGAACUUCAUCAACAAAGUGGCCGACGGAAUAACAAUCUGCGUUAACAUGGUCAAAGCCAAGUUUAAAAGUCCGGCACUUACAAGUCCGGCACUUACAAGUCCGGCACUUACAAAUCCGGCUUUUACAAGUCCGGCACUUACAAGUCCGGCACUUACAAGUCCGGCACUUACAAGUCCGGCACUUACUGCAUCUGUUCAGAUGGAGAAUAUUCUACUAGAUAUUGCUAUAGAAGUAGCCAAAUACCUUACGCCUCGUGAUAUAUCUUCCUGUUGUGCAGUAUCUCAUCACUGGCGAGAAGUAUUCGGUAACAAUGCGGUUUGGAAAGGACUGUGUGAUUCCGAGUUGGACGAGCAUCUGAGGACUACGCCAUGUGUCGUAGAGCCGCAGUUUUCUCUCACUGAACAACACUCCUCUCUAGCUCCGCUCAGUCAGUGGCGAGCAGCUUACCUGCGGGAACAACAUCUGUGGAAGAACUGGCGAACUGGAAACUGCAAAACUGUGGAACACGAAUUGGACAAAGAAAAACAAUGGUCAGAGCGGUUUGUCACUAACGACUUGAUAAUGGUGUUUUAUGAUGACUCAAUAGAACUGUGGGACUUAAAAACCAUCCCUCAUACUCUAAAGGAUGUACUACGGUUUGGUAAAGAACGUAUAUAUACACCCAGGGUUAAGGCCCUGGAUAAUGGAUUCAUUGCUUUAAAGGAUUAUGCUGAAGAAUGUGUUGUUAAAAUUGUUAAGGUAGAUGUAGCCCAAGGCACUAUCAAUAAUUAUAAAUGGCAGGUAGAACUAAACUUUGAUUAUUCAUGUAAACUUGUGACCAGCAAUAAAGAGGUAGGCCUAUUCGAUGACUUAGAUUUAAUGGACAAGUUUGAUCUAAUAAUAACUCCUGGAGGAAAGUGUAUUGGCAAUUUUUGGUUUUGUAAAGACAAUGACUCUUUCUACAUAUUGGAUUUGGAAAAUGGAGUUGAACUGAGAAAGGAAUGUUGUUCUACAAGCUUUCCAGAAGGAGGGUUGGGUAUUGUAGGAUGUAAUACUGGAUCCAAAACAUGUGAAGAUAUCCUAGUGCUCCUUCCCAAUACAAUGUUACCCGAUCCUUCUGGAAUAGUGACAGUGACAUGUCGAGUGUAUAAUAUACAUCAACUAUGUUUCUUACCAUUCAAGCAAACUUUUCCUGUUUUUAGCGAGUUUUUAUUGAAUGGCGAAGUAGAUUGCUUUGACCACUGUGCAAUAACUGACAAUUUUUUGGCUCUUUCAGACUGUGAUAUUAAUAAUCCAAAAGAGGUUUCUGAUGUCAGAGUUUACAACUACAGAUCUGGACAUAUUAUACAUAUGUUACCCUCUAAAGGGAAGAUUCAUAUCAUAAGUGAUUCACAUUUUCUGUUUAAAAUGCCAAAAGUUGUUAAACAAGUCACAAGGCAGAGACCAAUCACCAGACAAAUGAUGCGUCAAGAUGAAAAAACCGUUUUGUGCUCUGUUUUCUGUCCAUCUGGAGCCAUUUUGGAAGAUACUACAGGCUCUGAAGUCAAAGAUUUUCGUUUUGUUGGGAAGGGACUUGUAGAAAUAAUUUCAACCCAAGCUUAUAGCUUAACAUAUAAUAUGCUUGUAGAUUCAACCGAAUUUUGGAGGUUGAAUCAAUUCUCCUCUUUUAAAACUGGUGUAACUUUCCCUGAGCAUUCGGAAGUAAAUCGCGCCGUCACAAAGGUUAUAAUCGAUCUCUUGGAAGAUGAAUACACAUUCAAAGUCAAUUACUUUUGGUAAUGUUAUAGUGACAGUAUGUUAGUGUUUAUAAAUGUAAAUUGUAAUUGUAUUAUUUAAUUGUUUAUUGUAUUUCGUGUAGAACUGGUAUAAACAACUUGCAAAUGUUCAUAACUAAUACUUCUGAAGAUAGUCAGAUUACAAAAUGCCAGUAAUUAAGAAAGUUAAAUUAUGGACAUUUUAAAUUGAAAAGUGAAUUCAACACACUCUUGUAACCCAUGCUUUUAUCAAACACAAUUAAAAAAAUCAAUUUUAAUUUUUA